ACUGCUAGAUUCCUUAGCCCCUCAUGAUCAAGGGGGACACUCAGUAAGGCAGCUGGGAGACCAAGGGACUGCACACUGCAUGCCCCCAAACCUGCAUUCUCCCUCUCCUCCCCCCCACAACUGGAAUAUUCAUUCUUGGCUCUAAUUUGCACCUUUUAUUCUUUCUCCAAACCCCCUUCUACCUUCUCCUUUUGGAUGAUCUUUUUUUUUAUUUCUGCCUCUGGAUAUCUACAGAUCAAGAAGAGGAGGAGGAGGAGGGAGCCUGGCAGGCGAAGGCCAGGCACUGAAAAAGGCACCCCCUCCCCUCCAUCUUUUUUAACCCCUUCGCCCCACAAUGCCGUCUAUAAGGACAGAUGUUCCAGUUGUGCUGGUAUUGGGAUUUCUGUAUUGUACCCUGCACAUACUUGCAACCACUGUCAGCGAUGCUCCCAAGACUUGUAGUCCCAGACAAUUCACCUGCAAAGAUCAGGUAACCUGCAUAUCCAAAGGUUGGAGAUGUGAUGGUGAAAAAGAUUGUCCGGAUGGUUCCGAUGAAUAUCCUGAAAUAUGUCCACAAAGCAAGAUUUCCAAAUGUCAGCACAACGAACACAACUGUUUGAGCACAGAUGUUUGCAUCCCUAUGGGCAAGUUGUGUAAUGGCGUCCCUGACUGCUCAGAUGGCAGUGAUGAGGGGGCUUUCUGCAGGGAAUAUGCGCACAACUGCACCAUAGCAGGAUGUCAGCAUCACUGCAUACAAACCUUAACGGGACCUGCAUGCUACUGUAAUGCUUCCUUCCAACUUGCUGAAGAUGGAAAAACUUGCAAAGACUUUGAUGAAUGUACACUAUAUGGGACUUGCAGCCAGACCUGUCAAAACACAGAAGGAUCCUAUACCUGUAGCUGUGUGGAGGGAUAUCUGCUGCAGCCAGAUAACAAGUCUUGCAAAGCUAAGAAUGAGCCAGUUGAAAGACCCACAGUCCUCCUUAUUGCCAGCUCCCAGAAUAUUCUUGCCACCUAUUUAAAUGGCCUUCCUGUGGGUACCAUUUCGCCCACUAAUACGAAACAGACUACAGCCAUGGAUUUCAACUAUGUAGAGGAAACGGUUUGCUGGAUCCACAUGGGGGAUAGUGCUGCUCAAACCAUGCUAAACUGUGCGAAGAUCCCCAAUCUGAAGGGCUUUACAGAAGAACGUACCAUCAACAUUUCCUUAAGUCUGCACCACGUAGAACAGAUGGCGAUUGACUGGCUAACGGGCAACUUCUACUUUGUGGAUGACAUUGAUGAUCGGAUGUUUGUCUGCAAUAAAAAUGGCGACACCUGCGUCAACCUUCUUGACAGAGAGCUUCACAAUCCCAAGGGCAUUGCGUUGGAUCCAACCAUGGGGAAAGUAUUUUUCACUGAUUAUGGGCAGAUUCCCAAAGUAGAGAGGUGUGAUAUGGAUGGGCAGAACCGGACCAAGUUAGUAGACAGCAAGAUUGUAUUCCCACACGGAAUCACACUUGAUCUGGUGAACCGGCUGGUCUACUGGGCCGAUGCAUACCUGGACUAUAUUGAGGUGGUUGAUUAUGAAGGCAAAAAUAGACACACCGUUAUCCAGGGUCUAUUGAUUGAGCACUUGUAUGGCUUGACUGUAUUUGAGAACUAUCUGUACGCCACCAACACUGACCAUGCACUGGCCCAGCAGAAAACUAGUGUCAUCCGAAUCAAUCGCUUCAACAGUACAGAGUAUCAGGUAGUGACCAGGGUCGAUAAAGGAGGAGCACUUCACAUUUACCACCAACGCAGACAGCCUACAGUGAGGAGUCACGCCUGUGAACCAGACCAGUACAAAAAACCCGGAGGAUGCUCAGACAUAUGUCUUCUUGGUAACAGUCACAAAACCAGAACAUGCCGCUGCCGGUCUGGGUUCAGUCUGGGCAGUGAUGGAAAGUCAUGUAAAAAGCCUGAGCAUGAGCUCUUCCUGGUUUAUGGCAGAGGACGCCCUGGUAUCAUACGAGGGAUGGACAUAGGGGCUAAAGUUCCAGAUGAGCACAUGAUUCCCAUCGAAAACUUGAUGAACCCUCGAGCCAUUGACUUCCACACAGAGUACGGUUUCAUAUAUUUUGCCGACACCACCAGCUUCAUUAUUGGACGACAAAAGAUUGGCGGCAAUGACAGAGAAACUAUUCUUAAGGAAGGUAUUCAUAACGUGGAAGGCAUCGCUGUAGAUUGGAUGGGAAACAACUUGUAUUGGACUGACGAUGGGCCAAAAAAGACAAUCAGUGUCGCUCGGCUAGAAAAAGCUUCUCAGUCUAGAAAAACUUUAAUAGAGGGCAAGAUGACUCAUCCUCGAGCAAUUGUAGUGGAUCCACUCAAUGGGUGGAUGUACUGGACAGACUGGGAGGAAGAUCCCAAAGAUAGUGCAAGAGGAAAGAUUGAAAAAGCUUGGAUGGAUGGUUCCAACCGUAUGACCUUUGUAACUUCUAAGGCUGUACUAUGGCCGAAUGGACUUACCAUUGACGUUCCCAACAAGACUUUGUACUGGGUAGAUGCCUUCUUUGACAAGAUUGAAAUGAUAUACCUCAACGGCACAAACCGUAAGGUGGUAUAUGAAGGUGUUGAGCUAAACCACGCAUUUGGCCUUUGUCACUAUUCCAACUUCCUCUUCUGGACAGAAUAUAGAAGUGGUAGUAUCUACCGACUGGACCAGACAUCAAAAACUGUCACUUUGCUGAGGAAUGAGAGACCACCCAUCUUUGAAAUCAGAAUGUAUGACGCCCAGCAGCAGCAAGGUUCAAACGCAUGCCGUGUAAAUAAUGGUGGAUGCAGCAGCCUGUGCCUUGCUGUCCCUGGGAGCAGACAAUGUGCCUGUGCCGAAGAUCAGAUAUUGGAUGAUGAUGGAGUGACUUGCAAGGCCAAUCCAUCUUACGUGCCUCCUCCCCAGUGCCAACCAGGAGAGUUUGCUUGUGCCAAUAACCGCUGUAUCCAAGAACGCUGGAAAUGUGAUGGAGACAAUGAUUGUCUUGAUAACAGUGAUGAAGCACCUGAGCUUUGCUACCAGCACACUUGCCCACCUGAACGAUUCAAAUGUAAGAACAACCGUUGCAUCCCUAGCCGAUGGAUGUGUGAUGGCGACAAUGACUGCGGCAACAGUGAAGAUGAAUCAAACUCCACGUGUUCUGCUCGUACUUGCGCUGUAAACCAAUUCACUUGUACCAGUGGGCGCUGCAUUCCAAUUUCCUGGACUUGUGAUCUAGAUGAUGACUGUGGCGAUCGCUCAGAUGAAUCAUCUACUUGUGCAUACCCAACCUGCUUUCCUUUGACACAGUUCACCUGUAAUAGUGGAAGAUGCAUCAACAUUAACUGGCGUUGUGACAAUGACAAUGAUUGUGGAGAUAACAGUGAUGAAGACGGCUGUAGCCACUCCUGCUCCAGCACCCAGUUCAAAUGCAACAGUGGCCGCUGCAUCCCAGAGCACUGGACUUGUGAUGGCGAUAAUGACUGUGGCGACUACAGUGAUGAGACAAAUGCCAACUGUACUAAUCAAGCAACACGUCCUCCUGGCGGUUGCCACACAGAUGAGUUUCAAUGCCGCCUGGAUGGGCUCUGUAUCCCCAUGCGCUGGCGCUGUGAUGGGGACACUGACUGCAUGGAUGCUAGUGAUGAGAAGAACUGUGAAGGAGUGACACACGCCUGUGAUCCUAAUGUUAAGUUUGGCUGCAAGGACUCUGCGAGGUGCAUCAGCAAAGCUUGGGUUUGUGAUGGGGACAGUGACUGUGAAGACCACUCAGAUGAGGAAAAUUGUGAGUCAUUAGUCUGUAAAUCACCGUCCCACACGUGUGCGCAGAACACUUCCAUCUGCCUGCCUCCUGAGAAGCUCUGUGAUGGGACGGAUGACUGCGAAGAUGGCUCUGAUGAAGGAGACUUAUGCGACCAGUGUUCCUUAAACAAUGGCGGAUGCAGCCACAACUGUACAGUGGCUCCCGGAGAAGGAAUUGUGUGCUCCUGCCCACUGGGAAUGGAGACGGGAGCUGAUAAUAAGACUUGCCAGAUCCAGAGCUACUGUGCCAAGCACCUGCGCUGCAGUCAGAAGUGUGAGCAAGAUAAGCACUAUGUCAAGUGUUCUUGCUAUGAUGGCUGGAUGCUGGAGCCUGACAAAGAAAGCUGCAGAAGUCUAGAUCCCUUUAAACCAUUCAUCAUAUUUUCAAAUCGCCAUGAAAUCCGACGCAUAGACUUGAACAAAGGCGACUACAGUGUCUUAGUGCCUGGUUUGAGAAACACCAUUGCAUUGGAUUUCCACUUAAAUCAGAGUUCCCUCUACUGGACUGAUGUGGUGGAGGACAAGAUAUACCGUGGGAAACUCUCUGAAAGUGGUGCACUUACCAGCUUUGAGGUCAUUAUCCAGUAUGGACUAGCAACUCCUGAGGGAUUGGCGGUAGAUUGGAUUGCUGGCAACAUCUACUGGGUGGAAAGUAAUCUGGAUCAGAUUGAGGUGGCUAAAUUGGAUGGCACAAUGAGGACUACACUUCUGGCCGGAGACAUUGAACAUCCUCGUGCCAUUGCUCUAGAUCCAAGAAAUGGAAUCCUUUUCUGGACUGACUGGGACGCCAGCUUACCUCGUAUUGAAGCUGCCUCCAUGAGUGGAGAGGGACGCAGGACCAUCCAUAAAGAAACUGGUUCCGGGGGCUGGCCAAAUGGGCUGACUGUGGACUAUCUGGAAGAACGUAUUUUGUGGAUAGAUGCCAGAUCAGAUGCAAUAUACUCAGCAAAGUAUGAUGGCACUGGACACAUUGAGGUGCUCAAGGGCAACGAGUACCUGUCACAUCCAUUUGCAGUGACACUAUAUGGAGGAGAAGUCUACUGGACAGAUUGGAGGACUAACACCUUAGCAAAAGCUAAUAAGUGGACAGGUCACAAUGUGGUAGUGGUUCAGCGCACCAACACUCAACCCUUUGAUCUUCAGGUUUAUCACCCAUCCAGGCAACCACAAGCACCCAACCCAUGUGCUGACAAUGGGGGAAAAGGACCUUGCAGCCAUUUGUGCCUUAUCACUUACAAUCAGGGAUUCUCAUGUGCCUGCCCACAUCUCAUGAAGUUGUCCCCUGACAAAAAGACAUGCCUUGAGUUUAAGAAUUUCCUGCUGUACGCCCGUCAGAUGGAAAUCCGUGGGGUGGAUAUUGACAACCCUUAUUACAACUAUAUCAUCUCCUUUACUGUCCCGGAUAUUGACAAUGUCACAGUGGUGGAUUAUGAUGCAUUGGAACAGCGCAUCUACUGGUCGGAUGUCCGUACACAGACAAUAAAGAGAGCUUUCAUUAAUGGGACGGGUGUGGAGACUGUGGUGUCUGCUGAUCUGCCCAAUGCUCACGGAUUGGCUGUUGACUGGGUGUCUCGCAACCUGUUCUGGACAAGUUAUGAUGCCAACAAAAAACAAAUCAAUGUAGCUCGACUUGAUGGUUCCUUUAAGAAUGCUGUCAUCCAGGGUCUAGACAAACCCCACUGUCUAGUAGUAAAUCCACUUGCAGGGAAGCUCUACUGGACAGAUGGUGACAAUAUCAGCAUUGCUAACAUGGAUGGCACAGAGCAGCGUGUCCUGUUCACCAGCCAGAAAGGGCCCGUUGGUCUUUCCAUUGAUUUUACUGACAGCAAGCUGUACUGGAUUAGUUCUGGUAUUGGCACCAUUAAUAGAUGUAAUCUGAAUGGGACUGGAUUGGAAGCUAUUGGUACAAUGAAGAGUUAUUUGGGAAAAGCAACAGCAUUAGCUAUUAUGGGUGACAAGCUGUGGUGGGCAGACCAAGCCACGGAGAAAAUGGGAACUUGUAACAAAAAAGAUGGUUCAGACCCUCAGGUCCUACGGAAAAAUACAAACCUGGUUAUGCACAUGAAGGUGUAUGAUGAAAAGAUACAUACAGGUACAAACAAAUGUUCAGUGAAUAAUGGAGAUUGUUCUCAGCUAUGUCUACCAACCUCUGAGACUACGAGAUCCUGCAUGUGCACUGCAGGCUACAGCCUGAAGACUGGGCAGCAAUCUUGUGAAGGUGUUGGCUCUUUCUUGUUAUACUCUGUUCAUGAAGGGAUACGUGGAAUUCCACUGGACCCUCUAGACAAAUCUGAUGCCUUAGUACCUGUGUCUGGAACCUCCCUAGCUGUUGGAAUGGACUUUCACGCAGAGAACGAUACAAUCUACUGGGUUGACAUGGGACUCAGCACUAUCAGUCGGGCCAAGCGUGACCAGACCUGGCGCGAAGAUGUAGUUACUAAUGGUAUUGGCAGAGUUGAGGGCAUUGCUGUGGACUGGAUAGCAGGUAACAUCUAUUGGACAGACCAGGGAUUUGAUGUAAUUGAGGUUGCGCGUCUAAAUGGCUCUUUCCGGUAUGUGGUGAUCUCACGAGGGCUGGACAAGCCAAGAGCCAUCACAGUUCAUCCAGAGAAAGGUUAUCUGUUCUGGACAGAAUGGGGCCAGUACCCACGCAUUGAGCGAUCUCGAUUGGAUGGCAGUGAGCGGUUUGUGUUAGUUGAAGUCAGCAUCAGUUGGCCCAAUGGAAUUUCAAUAGAUUAUGAGGACAGUAAGCUGUACUGGUGUGACGCACGAACAGAUAAGAUCGAGAGAAUUGAUUUGGAGACUGGAAAGAAUAGAGAGGUGGUGCUGUCCAGCAACAAUAUGGACAUGUUCUCAGUUUCUGUCUUUGGAGAUUAUAUUUACUGGAGCGACAGGACUCAUGCCAACGGAUCUAUCAAAAGAGGCAACAAGGAAAAUGCUACAGAAUCGGUGUCACUGAGGACUGGCAUUGGGGUGCAACUUAAAGACAUCAAAGUGUUCAACAAAGACAGACAGAAGGGUUAGUACAGCCUGGGAACAAAUGUUUGUGCGCAAAGACAAUGGUGCUGCCAGCAGUUAUGGCUGUAUCGUGGGGGAGGAAGAUCAUCGUACUUGUGCUGUGCUCAUGGCAUGCUUGCUGAAGAUGGAUUAGGUUGCAGAGACUACGACGGCUACCUCCUUUACUCAGAGCGGUACAAUCCUAAAGAGAUCCAUCUGUCGGAUGAAAGCAGCCUCAAUGCUCCGGUAAAACCAUUUGAGGAUCAUGAACACAUGAAGAAUGUCAUAGCUCUAGCAUUUGACUACCGUGAGAGCGACAAAGGAGGAACACGUAUAUUCUACAGCGAUAUCCACUUUGGGAACAUACAGCAGAUAAACCAUGAUGGCACAGACCGCAAGACAGUGGUUGAAAAUGUGGGCUCAGUGGAAGGGCUAGCGUAUCACCGGGCUUGGGACACCUUGUACUGGACCAGUUAUACUACUUCUACAAUCACACGUCAUACAGUGGACCAAACACGCUUUGGAGCCUUUGAAAGAGAGACUGUUGUAACAAUGUCUGGAAUUGAUCAUCCACGCGCCUUUGUUUUGGAUGAGUGUCAAAACCUUAUGUUCUGGACGAACUGGAAUGAGCAGCAUCCCAGUAUAAUGCGAGCCACACUCUCUGGGGGAAAUGUCCUGAUAAUCAUUGAUAAAGACAUUCGUACACCUAAUGGGCUGGCUAUUGAUCAUCGGGCUGAGAAACUCUAUUUCUCCGAUGCCACCCUGGACAAGAUUGAAAGAUGCGAGUAUGAUGGUUCACACCGAUAUUGGAUUUUGAAGUCUGAUCCUGUCCACCCAUUUGGUCUGGCUGUUUAUGGUGAUUACAUCUUCUGGACAGAUUGGGUACGUCGGGCAGUUCAAAGAGCAAACAAAUAUGUUGGGUCAGACCUGAAGCUUCUUAGAGUUGAUAUCCCUCAGCAGCCCAUGGGCAUCAUCGCUGUGGCAAACGAUACCAACAGCUGUGAGUUGUCCCCGUGCAAACAAAAUAAUGGAGGCUGUCAGGAUCUGUGUCUGCUAACUGCUGGUGGGAGAGUGAAUUGCUCUUGUCGGGGAGACCGGAUUCUACAAGAAGAUUUUACCUGCAAAGCACCAAACUCCACCUGUAGUCCCCAUGAUGAAUUUGAGUGUGGCAAUGGGGACUGUAUCAACUACAGCCUAACAUGUGAUGGCGUGGCCCACUGCAAAGACAAAGCAGAUGAGAAGCAAUCGUACUGCAGUAAUAGGCGCUGUAAGAAAGGCUUCCAGCACUGUUCAAAUGGACGCUGCAUCUCCGUCUCUAACUGGUGCAAUGGUUUGGAUGACUGUGGUGACAACUCAGAUGAGAUGUCCUGUAACAAGACCAGCUGUACGCUAGAGGAGUUCCGAUGCCGCGACGGGAGUUGUGCUGGGAAUUCAAGCCGCUGCAACCAGCGUAUUGAUUGUGAGGACGCCUCGGAUGAAAUGAACUGCAACAUCACUGACUGCAGCAGCUACUUCAAGCUGGGAGUGAAGGGGUUGACUUUCCAGAAGUGUGAGCAUACUUCUCUCUGCUAUGCCCCCAGCUGGAUCUGUGAUGGCUCAAAUGACUGUGGAGACUUCUCAGAUGAAAUGAACUGUCCAGGUGUUCGAAAGCCUAAGUGUCCUGUGAACUACUUUGCCUGCCCAAGCGGACGCUGCAUUCCCAUGAGUUGGACUUGCGACAAGGAGAAUGACUGUGAGAACGGUGAAGAUGAGAUGCACUGUGACAAAUUCUGUAGCUCAACACAGUUCACAUGCACAAACCACCGCUGCAUCUCUAAGAAUUGGGUUUGUGAUGGCUCUGAUGACUGCGGUGAUGGAUCAGAUGAAGGCAGCCACUGUCAAUCUACAACGUGUAGUCCUGAAUCUUUCCAGUGUCCGAGCACCCAUGUGUGUGUUCCUCGCCGCUGGGUGUGUGAUGGCGACAAAGACUGUCAGGAUGGGGCAGAUGAGAGCAUCAGUGCUGGCUGCUUGUUCAAUAACACCUGCGACUCAAAGGAAUUUAUGUGCCAGAACCGGCAGUGCAUUCCCAAGCAGUUUGUAUGUGACCACGAUACCGACUGCAGUGAUGGUUCUGAUGAGUCUCCGGAGUGCAGAUACCCAACUUGUGGCCCCAAUGAGUUCCAGUGUGCCAACGGCCGCUGUCUGCUGAACAGACAGUGGGAGUGUGAUGGGGAGUUUGACUGCCACGACAAAUCAGAUGAAGCUCCAAAAAACCCACGUUGUACCAGUACAGAGGGCAGAUGCAAUGACACAUUCUACCAAUGCAAGAACAUGAAAUGUAUCUCAGAGAGCCUGAUGUGUGAUAACAACAAUGACUGCGGGGAUGGGUCAGAUGAGCUGAAUUGCUUCAUUAAUGAAUGUCUAAACAAGAGACAGAGCGGCUGCAGUCAGGAGUGUGAGGACUUAAAGAUUGGAUACAAGUGCAGAUGCCGUCCUGGCUACCGGUUGAAGGAUGAUGGGAAGACAUGUGUUGACAUUGAUGAGUGCAUUACGACUUACCCCUGCAGCCAGAAGUGCAUGAAUACCCUUGGAAGCUACCGCUGCUUCUGUGUGGAGGGCUUUGAGUCUCGACCCAAUGACACCAACAGUUGCAAAGUUGUCAGUUCUGCUGGAGUGGAAGAACCAUUCCUAAUUUUUGCUAAUCGGUACUAUUUAAGGAAGUUGAGUCUUGGGGGCAACAAUUACACUUUGCUGAAGCAGGGGCUGAACAAUGCUGUGGCAUUAGACUUUGAUUAUCGGGAAGAAAUGAUUUACUGGACAGAUGUCACCACUCAGGGCAGUAUGAUCAGGCGCAUGCACAUCAAUGGCAGCAACGUACAGGUGUUACAUCGCACAGGACUUAGUAAUCCUGAUGGUCUGGCUGUAGACUGGGUUGGUGGGAACCUGUAUUGGUGCGACAAAGGCAGGGAUACUAUUGAAGUGUCCAAACUGAACGGAGCCUAUCGCACUGUGUUGGUUAACUCUGGUCUGAGGGAGCCACGUGCCCUGGUAGUGGAUGUUCAGCAUGGCUACCUGUACUGGACAGACUGGGGAGAUAAUUCUCUUAUUGGUAAGAUUGGCAUGGACGGCACUAACCGGAGUGUGAUCGUGGACAGCAAGAUAACAUGGCCUAAUGGCCUAACUCUGGAUUAUAUCAACAACAGAAUCUACUGGGCAGAUGCUAGAGAGGAUUAUAUUCAGUUUGCCAACCUUGAUGGCAGCAAUAGGCACACAGUGCUUAGCCAAGAUAUUCCCCAUAUCUUUGCCUUGACGCUGUUUGAGGAUUACAUAUACUGGACAGAUUGGGAAACCAAAUCUAUAAACCGAGCACAUAAAACCACAGGUGUAAACAAGACCAUGCUUAUAAGCACCCUUCAUCGACCCAUGGACAUCCAUAUUUACCACUUAUAUCGCCAACCAGAUGUUCCAAAACACCCCUGCAAAUUCAACAAUGGUGGCUGCAGUAACCUUUGUCUUCUUUCGCCGGGCGGAGGGUACAAAUGUGCCUGUCCCACUAAUUUCUACCUGGGAGCAGAUGGAAAAACCUGCGUCUCCAACUGCACGGCCAGUCAGUUUGUCUGCAAAAAUGACAAAUGUAUCCCAUUCUGGUGGAAGUGUGACACAGAGGAUGAUUGUGGGGACCGUUCUGAUGAGCCUGCAGAUUGCCCGGAUUUCAAGUGCCGGCCUGGGCAGUUUCAGUGCUCCACUGGCAUCUGUACCAACCCAGCUUUUAUAUGUGAUGGAGACAAUGACUGUCAGGACAGUUCAGAUGAAGCCAACUGUGAUAUCCACGUGUGUCUCCCCAGCCAGUUCAAAUGCACCAACACCAACCGCUGCAUCCCAGGCAUUUUCCGCUGCAAUGGCCAGGACAACUGUGGAGAUGGCGAGGAUGAAAAGGAUUGUCCUGAGGUCACUUGUGCACCGAAUCAGUUCCAGUGUGCCAUUACAAAGCGUUGUAUCCCACGGGUCUGGGUGUGUGACAGAGAUAAUGACUGCGUUGAUGCAUCCGAUGAGCCUGACAACUGCACUCAGAUGACUUGCGGUGUGGAUGAGUUCCGCUGUAAAGAUUCUGGGCGGUGCAUCCCAGCUCGCUGGAAAUGUGACGGAGAAGAUGAUUGUGGAGACAGCUCAGAUGAACCCAAAGAGGAGUGUGAUGAAAGGACCUGCGAACCCUAUCAGUUCCGCUGUAAGAACAACCGGUGUGUCCCUGGCCGAUGGCAAUGCGAUUAUGACAAUGACUGUGGUGACAACUCAGAUGAGGAAAGCUGCAUGCCGCGUCCGUGUUCUGAAAGUGAAUUUGCUUGUGCAAAUGGUCGCUGCAUUGCUGGCCGCUGGAAAUGUGAUGGGGAUCAUGACUGUAUUGAUGGAUCAGAUGAGAAAGACUGCAGGGUGCGCUGCGAGCCAGACCAGUUCCAGUGUAACAAUGGUCACUGUAUUCCACAUCGCUGGCGCUGUGACGCUGAUGCUGACUGCAUGGAUGGAAGUGACGAGGAGAACUGCAACACCAGAGUUCGAACAUGUCCACUUGAUGAGUUCCAGUGCAACAACACACUCUGCAAACCUCUGGCAUGGAAAUGUGACGGUGAGGACGACUGUGGAGACAACUCUGAUGAGAAGCCAGAAGAGUGCUUAAAGUUCACUUGCCCACCAUACAGGCAAUUCCGCUGCAGGAAUGAUCGCGUGUGUUUGAAUAUGGGGCGUGUCUGUAACGGUAUUGAUAACUGCGGAGAUGGCUCAGAUGAAGAAAAUUGUGAACUAGACAGUUGUGACAUGGGGAAAGAAUUCCAGUGUGCGAACAAGAAAUGCAUCAGCUCCAGUCUGCUUUGUGACCUAUUUGAUGACUGUGGAGAUGGUUCAGAUGAGCAAAAUUGUUCUCACGAUCCUAAAAUUCAUAGCUGCCUUAUCAACAAUACAUUUUGUGAAGAGGAAACAAAGUGCGUCCAGACACCAACUGCUGUAUUUUGCUCUUGCAAGAAUGGAUUUCAGAGGAUACCAGGCCGAGCUGCCUGCAGAGAUAUCAAUGAAUGUCUGACGUUUGGUACCUGCUCGCAGAUCUGCAAUAACACAAAGGGGUCCUUCGUGUGCACCUGUGCUAAAAACUUCAUAAAACAUAGCCACACGUGCAAAGCAAAUGGGACUGACCAGGUCCUGUACAUUGCUGAUGACAAUGAAAUCAGAAGCUUACACCCAUUUAACCCCAACUCUGCGUAUGAGCAGGCGUUCCGUGGUGAUGAGACUGUGCGCAUUGAUGCUAUGGAUGUUUAUGUGAAGGGAAACAAGAUUUUCUGGAGCAACUGGCACACUGGCAAGAUCUCUUAUCGAGAGCUACAUGGUACCACGUCCUCUACAUCGUCAAACCGCAACAAGAGGCAGAUUGAUGACAUGGCUGUUGACUUGAAUAUUCCUGGCCUUAAGAUGCCCCGGGGCAUUGCUGUCGAUUGGGUGGCAGGAAAUAUCUACUGGACUGACUCUGGCCGUGAUGUCAUUGAGGUGGCUCAGAUGAAAGGAGUACAUAGAAAGACACUCAUUUCUGGCAUGAUUGAUGAGCCCCAUGCCAUAGUGGUGGAUCCUUUGCGAGGGACUAUGUACUGGUCUGACUGGGGAAAUCAACCUAAGAUUGAAACAGCAUCAAUGGAUGGUACCCUGAGAGAGACGCUAGUUGAGGAAAAUAUCCAGUGGCCCACAGGACUUGCAGUGGAUUACUAUAAUGAACGCCUAUAUUGGGCUGAUGCUAAAUUAUCCAUUAUUGGAAGUAUUCGACUCAAUGGGACAGACGCAAUUGUGGCAAUUGAUAUCAAGAAAGGUCUCACCCAUCCCUUCAGCAUUGACAUCUUUGAAGAUUACAUUUAUGGUGUAACCUACAUAAACAAUCUCAUCUUUAAAGUGCACAAGUUUGGACAUGGCCCUGUCACCAAUUUAACAUGGGGAAUAAACCACGCUACAGAUGUGGUUUUGUAUCACCAGUUCAAGCAGCCAGAUGUUACAAAUCCAUGUGAUCGAAAGAAAUGUGAGUGGCUUUGUCUGUUAAGUCCCUCUGGACCAGUCUGCACAUGUCCCAAUGGAAGAAGACUGGACAAUGGGACAUGUAUGCUUAUUCCAUCUCCUACACAGUCACCUGAUGAACCCACAGACGCAUGUACACUUGAGUGUCUGCAUGGAGGGCACUGCUUCCUAAAUGCCAGAAAACAGCAAAAGUGCCGCUGCUCACCCAACUAUGAUGGUGAAAGGUGUGAAAUUGACCAGUGUCGCGAUUACUGCAAGAAUGGAGGAAUUUGUACACCAUCACUAACCGGCAUGCCAACUUGUCGUUGUCCCACUGGUUUUACUGGACCUAGAUGUCUACAACAGACAUGUACUGCUGAUUACUGCCAAAACAAUGCCACAUGCACGGUUAACCUGGGCAACCAACCCAACUGCCGCUGUCUGGCUGACUAUAUUGGAGACAAAUGCCAAUACAGAAAAUGUUCCGACUAUUGUGAGAAUGGAGGAGUCUGCCAGAAGUUAGCAAAUGGGACAAAGCAGUGCCGUUGCACCCCAGCUUUUGAAGGCGCCCGCUGUGAGAUCAAUAGGUGUAACAGAUGCAAAGAUGGCAAAUGCACUCUUCAUAAUGUAGAAGUCACCUGCACGUGUACAGAUGGACGAAUUGCUAAAUCCUGUCUGACAUGCGACAAUUACUGCAAGAACGGUGGGACUUGCUUUAUCAACCGUCAGACUGAGAUGCCAGAAUGCCAGUGUUCAACAGACAUGACCGGCCCAACAUGUGAAAUGUUUGUGGAGAUGACAGCACAUAGUAGUAAAACUGCAUCCAUUGUCAUUCCAGUGGUACUGUUGAUCUUGCUUAUUAUUGCAGUUGGUCUUUUCCUCUGGUACAGACACCGGAUGAGUGGAGCCAAGGGGUUCCAGCAUCAGCGGAUGACCAAUGGAGCCAUGAAUGUAGAAAUUGGCAACCCAACUUAUAAAAUGUAUGAGGGAGAACCAGAUGAUGAUGUGGGAGACUUGCUUGAUGCAGACUUCACAUUGGAUCCUGAUAAGCCUACAAACUUCACUAAUCCUGUCUAUGCCACCCUAUACAUGGGAGCUCACAAUAGCCGAAAUUCACUAGCCAGCACGGAUGAAAAGCGGGAACUGCUGUCCCGUGGUGGCGAGGAUGACUUUUCUGACCCUUUGGCGUAGGGUGGAAGUUUUUAACAAAAAGAGAGAAAAAUAGCUAAAAACUUUAAAAAAAUAAAAAAGAAUGGAAAAAAUGAAAACACACACACAAUGGUGUAUAAAGUGUAUAAAUGAAGGACUACUUUUAUAUUUGAUCUCAGUAUUAUAAAUAUAUUUUUUUUUCCUUGCCAUUAUUUUCUGGAACCUGUCUGCAUCUGUCCUGACUUCAUUGGUUCCCAUUUGGGAUAUGCCUGUAACAGGACUUUGUAGUUUAUACGUGGAACACAAAUCUCACUACUCAGAAGAAAGGAUGCAAUGGAAGAUACAGAGGAAAAGGCAGCUCAUUUUAAAAAAAAUAUAUAUCAAAUGGGGACAGUUUUACUAUUUUAAGGGCUGGCCUUUAACCAGGACUGUUACGCCCUGUUUUAUUUGCUUUAAAGAAUAAAAAAGGAUGGUACGAUAUAUAAAAAAAGCAGAAAUAGAUGCCAGCAAGCUCUGUUUACUAAUUGUUCACAAUGCACAUUAUUUUAUAUUUGCUUUGUCUUUUAGCUACAUCCACUGUAAGUAAUAUUCUACUUUGAAACAUUUAAGAACAAAUUAUUGGUUUUUAACAUUUUUUUUGUUUUUGUGAUGAAGAGGGGUAGCAUUUUUUUUUUUUUUACAUGAGGCCUGUUUUAAAAAACUAUUUGAGGAAUUUAUACAGUAUGAAGAAUGUUCUGUGCAGUCAUUUUGAUUUUAAGUUUUACUCACCGCUGCAAGAAUAUACGAACGCAUAUAAAACAAAGUGUUGUCAACUUACCUCCAUUUCAAAACAGCAUCUGUAGGGUAAACUGGAUCUGCCAAAUGUACAAUAGAAGUGUGAAAUAAUGCCCACUUGUCUGAAAAUCAACACCCAAUGAAUGUGUUUUAUUACGAUAGCGCAUCUUUGUUUUAAAAAAAUGUUCUCAUUUUCCAUGCUUAAAAGGGCUUUGUUUUCUGUUAGUCUCUUAUGUGUUACAAUCGCUUUAGGUAAAUUUUUUUGUUUGUUUUAUAUCUACUAAAAUCUAAAAAAAAUUAGAAUCAGGGGACUCAAAACCAGGGCACUUUAAAACCGUAGUCUCCUCUAUAAUAGCACCCGUCAUCCAUAUUUGUCAUUUGUAAAAUGUAUUGUGUUUUUAAAGGGGCAACGCCAUAAUGUUAAAAAGUUAAUAUCCAUAAUACUGUCAUUGUAUGCUCUUUUGAGGUACUUUUAAUUUUGCUAUUACAAUUUAGCAUUUUUUCCUAAGAAUAAACCCUGCUCACAUUUUAUAAAUUUUUCACAUUUUGUUUUUAAUUGUUUUUACAAAACUAUACAAAAUGUCUCACUAUUUCUUCGUAACAGGUGAGGCUAAGCCGUGAAUGUGUUUAUGAAAAUCAAAGAGGAUAUGUUAGCACUUUCAGAAUGCUUUGAUCACCGAAGUAACAUAGAUAAACUUAAUAUGUUGUAUACUAAAUUAAUUUAUCAUAUAUUGCACUGCUGCUUUUUUUUAAUUCAAAUUUUACCACUGUUAUAAUGAACUUUUCUCUGUGUUGUUCACAGUCGUCAGCAUUCCAUGAGUGUUCUUUAAUUUUUAUACUUUAUAUUCUUCGCACCUGCAUACAUUGGUAGAGAUUUUUUUUUUUUUACAGCCAUUAAAUUAGCUUAUGUAUGGUUAAUGCUGACCAAAAUUGUUCACUUAGACAUAGUAUUACCCUCACAUUGGAUGUUUGCUAAAGAUUAAGGAAAGCUUCACACGCACCGUCAGUUACAUGUACUAAGAGAUUAAACUAUUAAUCGCAAAAAAUGACCAAGUAUUGAAUCAUUUUGCACAUGUUCUAUGAUAUUAUGUGAUGUUGCAUGGUGCAAUCACCAUAUAAUAUUACUGCUUAGUCAUUUAUAUUCUUUACAUCCUGAAUUUCCUCCAUUUAAUGGAUAACACAUGAUGCAUUGUUUUAAUGUCCGAUGGGUAAAGUUAGACGAGAAGAGCAUGCAAGCGAACUGUUGCACCAAAAUAACUUUUAACAAACUUUUCAAUAUUCUGCUAUUCAUUAUUGUGUUCAUUAUUAGUAUAUUUUAUAGUGCUAAACAGGAGAUACACGAAUGAUAUACAAACAAAAGUAUCUACAAUAAUUCUACUUUAAUACCAUUUUUAGUAAUUUAAUUAACUUUGUAGGUAAAUUAUAUAGUCUUCUUGACACCAUCAAAUACAAGUCCUGUUCAAAUGGCCUUUACUUUGCAGUAUUGACUUUAUCCUAUAAUUUAUUCUUCAGUUAAAAAUUUGCCUUAUUCUCUCUAGCUAGCAUUGUAAUCUUCCUUGAUAUUGCAUUCUAAACUAAUAUUGUUCUCAUGAUGAACCCCUUUUCAUGAUUAAUUGUAAACCUGCUAAUCUUUAAAAAAAUGAUCUUCAGUUUGAAAUGUCUUGCAUGCCUUCUCAUUGACAAAGAGUUUUGAAUGUAUAUGAAGGUCUUUGUAUGUUGUAAAAAUUAAUGAUCAAAAGUUUCUUAUGUAAAUUAGAACAUUUGUGUUUGAUAAUAUAAUGAAUCUAUUUAUAUGAUGAAUGUAAAAUACAGUCACAUUUUAGAGAGUUAGUAGCCAGGUUGUCUAUGGAUGGGUGUGGUUUAGAAUCACCAGAUCAUCCAUACUAGCAUCUAUGAUGUUAUCUAAAAAAGUUCACACAAUGCAUUUGUGGUAUUUGUUUUCUCUAUUCAUAGAUCGUGUGCAAUUUUUUAAUUAAAGGAAUCAUAUAGUUUUAGAGGCUGACCUAGCACAAUUGAAUGUAUAUGUGCAAAACCAUUCCAAUUCUAGAUUGUUUUACUUUUUUUUAAUUAAAAAAAAAAAAUCUGCGUUCCCCUCAUCAUCACGCCUUAUUAAAUCUUCAUCAUUUCUGUGUUUUAAGUUGGGUAAUAUGUUGAAUGCUUUUAAUACAUCUUCUGACUGUAAAACCACAGGCUUAUUAACCAGAAACUUGUAAUAUUGAUCAGCCUAUCCAGUAACCAGACCAAUACUAUAUAGUUGUUUUUGGUGAAGUGUGAGCCAAAACAGUUUGCUUUUGCUCUAGCCUGAUUGGCUAUUGCCUUGAGUGCCAAAUGCCAAACACCAACUGGGGACAACCAUAGACUGAGCUGCAAUGCAUUCCAAAAAAAACAAAAACAAUUUGUAUAUGCGCCUAUUCCUGAAAUAGAUAAAGAAUCUCAUUACACGUGUCAUCUCUGUAUGUUUUUGUUUGCUUUUUUCUUUUAUACAUUGCAAGAAAACCAUUCCUCAUUUGAUUGUUUGUCAGACAUGCUUCAGAUAAAGUUAACUUUUUUUUAUUAUUAUUAUUUGUUUUUAAAUCUGGCUGGACAGCACUCAUUUCAAAAUCUUGGGUGGAUUUGAGAGAGACAGGGUUACAAAAGAAUUUUAAUAAUUUUUGCUGGAUUACUUUACAACUUAAAUAACACAGAAUAUUGUUAUAAAUAAAAUGUAAAAUUAUAAUGAAA